AACAAACAAAAAAUGAAUCAAGAAGAGUUCCAAAACAACUAUAGAAUUAUUGUUGAAAAAAUAUUCAACAACUGGCAGAACCUCAGACUGGCAGUGGAACAUGGCAUGGGAGGAAGAAAUGGACAACAGGUUGCAAUAGACAUUAUGAACUAUACGUACCAAUACUGUAUUGGAAAUGAAAACAUAACCGAAGGAGAACUUCAGGAUGUUAUUGAAGAAUUGUUGGAUCAGGAAUUUGAUACAAUUUGUGAAGAUGGUUCAGUGGCGGAAAUAUCGCGCCACUUGCUACGCUACAAGUAUAUGAGUCUUCAGGGCCAAUAUGCCGAAAUAGAAGCUGAGUUGAACAGACUACCACAGGGCAAAGAAUGGUUAAGGAAAGACGUGAAGAUCACAUACACACCCAUCGAUGGGGAUUCUUCGUCUGAAGAUGAUGACUCUGAUUCGACCGACGAAGAGAAUGAAAUGGAAGUUGACGAGCCGUCCUCUAGUAGUAAGAGAACAACUCGAUCGCAGGCACGCAAACAGGAAGAUGAUUUUGUUGAACCGGAAGAAGGUUGGACCACCGUUAGAAACAAGAGGAAAUAA